AUGUCCGCUAAGGCUCGUGCCCUCCAGCCCCGGCCGCCAGCCACGAACCAUCUCGGAACGAUGGGCGACUCGCCCAGCAGCCGGACGGCGGCCAUCGACCUCAGCCAGACAGACCCCAUCCCCCCCGCAUUCGCAACCCCCAAGCUGCUCGCACACACAUUCGACCACCACCACCACUCCGAACUGUGGCCACACCCGAUCUGGGACCUCGAACUCAACACGAACUCGGCCAUCUGGAACCAGGCCAUCGCCCCCAGCGACCAUCUCAGCAGCAACAACCCAAAGUACCCGCCACUCUCCAUCCACGAACUCAUCCUCGCCAAGCCACACGCGAACCUCCUCAAGUCCGCCGUCCACCAGGUCCAGCACUUCCAUCCGAUCCCUGCCUCAAUCUUCGACCUCCACUCCCCACCCGCCCAGGAGAGCCAUCCCUCAUCAGCCUCAUCGCCCCGCGUCACCACCCACACCUUCGAGUACGACCACUCGUCCAGAUGGGACGCUCGCCUCUGUGUCGGCUGUUCGCGCGGCAUCUUCCACUCCCCCAUCGAGGCCGCCGUCCCCUCCGUCUUCGAUCGCAACCAUGCUCACGACCUCAUCCAUCAUGCUAAGAAAUACAACCAUCUGCCCAACCAUGUCCACUCCAAAACUAACCCCGAACAACUCGUCUACAAGGCCUGGCAUACCGUAUUCAUUGUUGCCCAGAAUGCUCUCCUCGAAGGCAAACUUUCGCCUCUUCCUCUCAACGGGAAAUCCAUCUCAGGAAGGAUGCCCUGGGACUCGAUCUCGGCGAAGAUAUGGGCCAGCCUAGGCGUCACACGGAGAGAAGGGCCAGUGGACGAGUCCAGUUCCCCGCCAGGCUCCAGCCCCGACCGUCCCAAAAACCCGCCAUCCAAGUCGCCCUCAUCCGCCAAACCAACCACCCCUCUCUUGGUCCUCCCCAGUCUCAACGUCAAGACCGCCGAGGGAAGGAAGAACCGGGCGAUAUGGUGCCGGGCCCUGCUCGAAAUCUCCGUCUUUUUGAAGUGGUAUAAGCUCCAACAUCCCCAUGUCGAAGAGUCGGUCAAGUCGAAUUACAUCGUCCCUUUUAACCUCGUCUCGGCCCACCCCAAAAUCGUCCAGAUGCUCGGAGGCAACUCGAUCCCCGUAUUUCCGACCAAGUCUGCGUGGCAGACACCGAACGGGAAACCGGUGGCCUAUGCAGCGUACGCGAAGCUAGGACUGGUCCCGGCCGUUCCGGACGGGGUGAUUAUAUUGGGCUACGAGGUUCAAGUGCGCACGUUUCCGGCCAUACGCUACCAGUUUUUCGAGGCGCUCCGGGAAAUCCAAGCGGUCAGGGACAGCCAAUCGAUCGCGGUCUUCCUAGGCAUGGAGGCCAGUCGCGGUGUCGUCGGACUUACCGAAGCUAGACAGGCCUGGAAUCUGAUUUGCUGCGAUGGAACCGAUGGCUCCUUCGUCAUGGAUCUUACGAGGGAGGAGUUCAUCAUGAACGCGUUCAAUUCCAAAGAUGCCUCGGAGACCGAUCCGGCCGAGAAAACUAAACUUCGGAAUGCGCUCCGGACGUUGGUCGAGGCCAACCCGACCAACGAGCUUUUACGGGCCGUCUCAGACAGCGCCAAUAGUGCGGCCGAACAGAAGGCGAACCCGAUGGACCUGAACAAAGCGUAUGCGACCUUGGGCGACGUUGUGCCUGAAGUGGACGACGAGAUGCUUUGGAUGGCCUACACCAUCGGAGUUGCCGACCAGCCCGGCCAGAAAGACGUCCUAAGAGAGGCGCUGCAAGUCAUUGCCCGGCACCGCAAGAGCCACCUGAUCGAGUCCCGGCUAGUCGCCGAGCUCAAGGGCGAUGGCGCCGAAAGCGCGAUGGACAUCGUCGCUUAUAGCCCGCCUCCUGUGUCCUAUGACUUGCCUGCUGGAAUCAAUAACAUCGGAAAUACCUGCUAUUUGAAUUCUUUGCUUCAGUAUUUCUUCUCAGUCCGAGAACUUCGAGAAAUCUUGCUCAGGUUUCCCGAGUUUGAACAGGAUAUCGACGAGCAUCAGGAGAUGAAGGAGAAGAAAAGGGUCGGAGGUCGGAUCGUCUCGGCCUCGGAAAUUCUACGAUCCAAACAAUUUGCCUCCCAGUUGCGAGGCUUGUUCCAAGAAAUGAUCAGUACUCCACUAUCGGCGGUGACGCCGGAGAGAGAGCUCGCCUUUCUUGCGCUAGUUCUAUCCAAAGACGAGAGUCCGAUGAGCGUUGCGGCGACCACGACGACGAAUGCGAACCACAACUCUUCAGCGAGUACGGAUGCGACGCUUGUAGAUGACCAGCCGGUGGUACUUGGCCCGACGUUCAACGCGACGCCCUCUCCGCCUGUGCAUGUUGCCUCAGCGGGCUCGUCGACGGUGCUAGGGAAGCGGAAGAGCGAGAGCAGCGGGUCAGAUGACGGCCACUCGACCGGCCGCACCCCCAUGGAAGUCGACUCCGUCGCCGCUGCCGCUGCAGCCGUGCCCGCCGAAAAGGAGCUCGUCGGCCCCAUCCAGGACCUCGCUAUGGCCGCCUCAUCGCCCCAAGUCCCCGUCGACGAGCCCGAGCCCCCACCGCCGGCCAAGACUGCUAUCCCUGUGGUCAUCGACCUCACCGAUGAGUCCAACCCUCCUCCUCCGCUCCCGCCCCGUCCCAACUGCAGCAACAGAAGCGUGGCGGCUAUCGAGAGCGGAUCGCACAUGAUGUUCGGCCGCCAGAACGACGUCUCGGAGUGCAUGGAUAACUGUCUCUUCCAGAUCCAGGCCGCGCUCGAUCAGCAGAAAAUACGCGCGAGUGGGGAGUUUGAUGGCGAUGGAAAUCUGGUGAAAUCACUGUUUUAUGGGAAAACGAGGCAAUCGUUGAUGUUUGAAAAUCCGAAGGGGAAAGUGUCAAUCAAGGAGGAACAGUUUGCUUAUUUGCUGGUCGAUGUGGCCGAGGAAGGCCGGGAUCUCUACGACGGAUUGGAUAAAGUGUUUGAUGAGAGUGAGGUCGAGUUGGAGAAUGGGAAAGCUUGUCGGCGGGUAGGGUUAGUGGAAUUACCGCCGAUUCUGCAGAUCCAACUUCAGAGAGUGCAAUUUGAUCGAAGAACACACACGGUGUUCAAGUCGAACGCCCACCUGAAGUUUGGCCAACGUCUCCGGAUGGACCGCUACUUGGAACCCGACCCUGACGACCAAGUCGGCCAGGAGAAACGCGCCAAGACUGCUGGGCUCCGCAAAGAGAUCGAAUGUCUGCGUGGUCGGUUGGGAGAACUGACGACGAACGUGAGCGGAGAUAAGCGGACCGCCAGCACGGUCUUGCGGGACUUGCAUGGGAUCCUGUCCUCGACCGCUGACCCCAGCACGUGUCCGUCUCGAGCAGGCUCGGCACCAGCCACUCGGCUGGAGUUCUUUGAAGGCCUGCUCGGGGCCGAGGAGCUCGAGUAUCUGGAUGCCGAAGCCACGGCGAUCGACGCGGAGAUCGCGGGCAAUAAGGUGGCUGUCAAGCGGCUCAAGGCCGAGGUUGAGGAGAUGUGGAAGGUGGACGAGGAGCUCGACGAGCAGCAUCCGGCCGGCCUUCCUCCCCCUCCCCCCGCUGCUGCCCCCAUGCUCCUCGACGAGCCUCCAGCCAUGAAUGCUCCUUCGGCCGGUAACCUGAAGGAUAAAGAUAAGGGCCUUGAGAAGGACGGGUGCGUUGGUACGGAGGACCACCGGCCAACCAAAGCCUCCUCUUCGUCUUCCCAAACUGCCGAAUACAUCUUAGUCGGCCUCUUCAUGCAUCGAGGGACGGCACAGGGGGGCCAUUACUGGGCCAUCCAGCGCCAGCUGCCCGACCGGAUGGACCGGUGGCUGAAGUACAACGACAGCCAGGUGAGCGAGGUGGACCCGAACAUCGAAGUCUUCACCCACCAUGACCAAGACGAGUUAGAAGAAGAAGAACCCGAGGGAGGAACGUCCGCUGACCGUCGGCCCCAGACGCCCCCUGGCCCCACCUCCGACCCCCUUCCACGUAAUAAACCCGCCCCGUCCGGAUCCAAGGCUUCCAACGCUAAUCCCUAUUGGCUCACUUACGUCAGACGCAAGGACGUCCAUCGCUUCCAGAUGCUCAAUCGCGCCGCUAACCUUCCGCCGCCCCCUCCGCUCCUCCUGUCCCGGCCCGUCGACGGGGCGUUUUUGCCCUCCUCGUCUUCCUCCUCGGCCGCUCUUCCUCUGCCUUGA